UCUCACAUUGGCUUCUUACAACAGGCAGCUGGUUUGCACUGGGGCCUCCUGGACUUCACUUUCAAAAAUGAAGAAGCUGGAUCACAGCCACUGAAGGGAGAGUGUGGGAGGGGCCAGGGUGGGCACGCGUGAUGGUGGGGCACGAUGGUGGGAAGCUCAGUGCCGACCUCCCUGCUGGGUGAUUCUCUUCCUCUGGGCUGCUGGAUCUCCUGAAUGCCGUGAAGAUCCUAAUGUGUGAAAAUGAAGUCCCAGGCCACCAUGAUUUGCUACUUAAUGUUAUUUCUGGUCACAGAAUAUUCUUGUUAUGCAUCCAAGAUCCACAUAAAAGAUGGAGAUAAACUUCAACGUCCUGAAGGGAAACCCAAGACUGCAAGGAUACAAGAGAAAUGCCAUGGACCUUGCAUCACUUCUUCCAACUGCAGCCAGCCGUGUGCUCAGCAUUUUCGUGGAGAAAUAGGAUUUAUAUGUAAUCAAAACAAGUGGCAAAAAUCAACCGAAACCUGUACAAGCCUUUCUGUGGAAACACUCUUUGAGGACUCAAAUAGUGCAUCACGCCUUUCCGUAGCAGCACCAUCCAUACCUCUGCGCAUUCUUGACUUUCGAGCUCCAGAGCCCAUCAAGAGUGUGGCUCAGGGAAUCCGCAGGAACUGUCCACUGGAUUACGCCUGCAUAACUGAUGUUGUGAAAUCAUCAGAAGCCACAGCUGGGAAUAUUGCAUUUAUAGUGGAGUUAUUAAGAAAUAUUUCUACAGACCUGUCUGAUAACGUUACCCAAGAGAAAAUGAAGAGCUACAGCAAAGUGGCCAACCACGUCCUGGACACAGCAGCCAUUUCAAAUUGGGCUUUCAUUCCUUACAAAAAUGCCAGCUCGGAUUUGUUGCAGUCAGUGAAUUUCUUUGCCAGGCAACUCCACAUCCACAACGAAUCUGAGAACAUCGUGGAUGAACUCUUCAUUCAGACGAAAGGGUUUCACAUCAACCACAAUACCACACAGAAAAGUUUCAAUUUCUCCAUGAGCAUGAGCAAUUCAACAGAGGGCAUCUUAGGAAUCAUUGAAAUUCCCAAGGAAGAGCUGUGGAACCUGCCACCAAACACAUCCCAAGCCAUCAGCAUAGCUUUUCCUACCUUGGGGGCCAUCCUGAAAGAAGCCCACUCGCACAAUGUGAGUCUUCCCAGGCCCGUAAACGGUCUGGUCCUUUCAGUGAUUUUGCCCGAAAGACUGAAGCAAAUAUUACUCACCUUUGAGAAGAUCAACAAAUCCCGGAAUGCCAGGGCCCAGUGUGUUGGCUGGCACUCUAGGAAAAGGAAAUGGGAUGAGAGUGUGUGUAAAACGACGCUGGAUGUCAGGAACAAAGUGAAAUGUCGGUGUAACUACACCAAUGUGGUGAUGUCUUUUUCCAUUCUAAUGUCCCCCAAAUCUAUAGACAACAAAGUCCUGGACUAUGUCACCUGCAUUGGCCUCAGCAUCUCCAUCCUUAGCUUGAUUCUUUGUCUGAUCAUUGAAGCCACAGUGUGGUCCCGGGUCGUUGUGACGGAGAUAUCAUACAUGCGUCAUGUGUGCAUUGUGAACAUAGCCGUGUCACUCCUGAUUGCUAACGUGUGGUUCAUCAUAGCCUCUAACUUUAACAAAAAGCCCCAAGACUAUAACUGGUGUGUUGCAGUGACAUUUUUAAGCCACUUUUUCUACCUCUCUCUGUUUUUCUGGAUGCUCUUCAAAGCACUGCUCAUCAUGUAUGGAAUAUUGGUCAUUUUCCGUAGGAUGAUCAAGUCCCGCCUGAUGGUCAUUGGCUUUGCCAUUGGCUAUGGGUGCCCGUUGAUCAUCGCUGUCACCACAGUUGCUAUCACAAUGCCAAGGAAAGCCUAUGUGAGACCUGAUGCCUGUUGGCUUAACUGGGACAAUUCCAAAGCCCUUUUAGCAUUUGUCAUCCCAGCCUUGGUCAUUGUGGCUGUGAAUCUUGUUGUGGUUUUAGUUGUUGCUUUCAACACUCAGAGGCCCUCUAUCGGCAGUUCCAAGUCUCAAGAUGUGGCCAUAAUUAUGAGGAUCAGCAAAAAUGUUGCCAUUCUCACCCCAUUGCUGGGAUUGACCUGGGGUUUUGGAAUAGCCACCCUCAUAGAAGGCACUUCCUUGAUAUUCCAUAUAAUCUUUGCCCUGCUCAAUGCCUUCCAGGGGUUCUUCAUCUUGUUGUUUGGAACCAUUAUGGAUCACAAGAUAAGAGAUGCUUUGAGGAUGAGGAUGUCUUCACUGAAGGGGAGAUCAAGGGUAGCAGAGAACGCAUCAUUAAGCCCAACCAAUGGAUCUAAAUUAAUGAAUCGUUGAGGAUGAGAUUGCUUCAACCAUUUUGUCGAGGCUGCCCCGUUUCUCAUGGAUGUUCCGUGUCCUGGACUGAGAGCUGAGCUCCAGAAGACGGAAGCUGGAAGGAGGAGGGACCAUCCCGCUUCCUUGGGAGACUUUCUCUUCCUGCCAGGAGCGACCCCUAAGCUGUGAGUGUGGAAACGUUUGCUGAGGAAAAACUGAGGCUAACAUUUGGGCUUUAAGGAGGGGGAUCUGCUGACCCUUUGACCUACCCAUGACCCGCAAGAGCUUGGCUUUUUGGUCAACCUGAGCAAGAUUAAGACUCAACCUGCAAGUCAUUUUAUGCCCUCUUCCACAAGCCUGGGGCUACUGGGCCCUGCCGGACUUGGUCUCCGUUCCCUCCUGAGGCCUGCUCGGUGACUCCAGGGCCUCGGGUCUCCAUCAGUCUGCCUGGAUCCUGGGCACUUUGGCAGGACAAGGGUUGGAUCCAGCUUCAGGGGUAGGAGUGGGAGGGUGGGAUGGCAGGGGAAACACUCAUCUACUUUGGAGACAGUUAAAUCAUGGUAAGUUUCCUAAGGAUAGGAAGCAGAAGAAAAAUAGGAGGACUUUUUGAUGUGUUUAUUAUUGCAGUUUUUUUGAGACCUUGAGUGAAAUAAUUUAGCUCCUAGGACUUUAGUUUCCUCGUUUGUGAAACAGGAAAAAUAUUCUUGUGGGUGUUAUUAUUAUUAUUUGUGUGUGUGUGUAUUUAAACCACUAUAUAUAAAA